UUUGCUCUACAGAUAAGAGUACAUCCUCUUUCUUGGGUUGCGCAGUCUUGCAUUAUGAGCGCCGGUUGUAGAGGCAGUUCCACAUCAUACUCUCUAACUCACUUAUAACUACUUACUACUAACCAGGCUAGCACGAGGAUUGCUAUUAUUUUAAAUAAUAACCGCUUGCACUCUUGGAACGCAUGCAGGGAAUUUGGUUCUUGGGCUGGCACUAGAAGAAGUGCCCGGCAUUUUGUGCGCAUAUUAUUGCUGGGGCAGCUCUGGUGGGCACACUGCAGGCACCAUUUACCAAUCCUUAAAAGGGGGUUAAUACAUCAGGAAGCGAUGGGCUCCUCUCACUCUAUCAGCGCUACAGAAAUCCAGCAACUGAGCAAGAAAACCGGCUUCACUUCAGAUCAAAUUGAAAUCCUUCACAGAAGAUUUAAGUAUUUAAGCGAAGGUCGUAUCAAGCUCCGCAAAAACGACUUUCAUCGUGUGUCCAACUUGGAGAGUAAUCCAAUUAGGGAGAAGAUUGUCAAUGCAUUUUUUGACAAUAGGAAUUUGAAGAAUGAACCAGGUACAUUAGAGGAGAUUGAAUUUGGAGAUUUCCUAACCAUCUUGUCAAACUUCCGUCCAGUCCAAGUGACAGAUGAGGCAGAUGAAGUAGAACAAAUAAGGAUUAACAAAUUGAGAUUUUUGUUUAACAUGUACGACUGUGAUGGUGAUGGCAAAAUCAGCGUAGAAGAAUACAAAAAUGUUGUUUCAGAUCUGCUAUCUAAAAGCCUUUCCUCUGAAAAGGACGCUUCAAGUUCAGUAGCAGAGGCAGCAAUGCUAGAGGCCAGACACAUGUGUUCAGGACAUGUGGAUCCAGACCAGCAAUAUGAAGGCAUCACUUUUGAAGACUUUCUAAAGAUCUGGAAAGACAUCUCCAUUGAAUCUCAGAUGUAUGUUCGAUUCCUGACCAUGGAAACAACCAGAAUAUGCAAAUGAACUGUUUCUGAAUUUUGAAUGCAAAUCACUGUAGGGAGAUGCCGCAUUACUAUGUUCAAUGUUUAUGGACUAUUAUGUCAUAUGCUUUACUUUUAAGGUUAAAUCUUAGAGCCUCACAAGAUAUACUUAACUGCUUAUUCCUUUGAUAAGGAGUGGUAACAAAUUUUGUACUGUUUUGUUUACAGUCUUUUCUUGACUUUCACUGUGACCUUCUUCCUACCUCAGUCAGAGCCACUUUGUCCCAAAAUGUUGUACUGUUACUUGGCUCUGCCAAACAACUGGUUCUGUGCUACUGAUUAUGUUUACAGCAUGACCUGGUCCACCCAGAGUUGCCAGCAGUAAUAUCCAAACACUGCAGCUGGUAAUGAAAGCAGAGUGAGUUGCAGCUGUGCCUACUAUUAUACAAAAGUAAUCGUGUUUUUAUUUUUCAUUUUUUUCAGCUCGUCUGGUUUAUUUAAUUAGCACUCAUCUCUUGCGAUGAUGGCAUCCUCUGUCACCUUUAAUAUAAAGAUGGCAUUCCCAAGUCUUUUCAGCAGUACAGUCAGUAAACUGUUUUUGCUAUGUUCCUAUAAUUAAUAUAUACAAAAGGCAGAGAGAGAGGGAGAGAGAGAGAAUGGAAUUAUUUAAGUCACUGAUAUUUAAUUGGUGCCGUGAAUGUUUAUUCUUUUUUAUUUUACAACAAAAGCACUAAACAUUGUAAUGUACUGUAUCCCACACACAUUGUGCCUCUUAAGCAAGCUAGUUAACAUCCUAGUGCAUUACAUUAGCUUUGAAAAAAAAGACACUUAGUCCAAGUGGUCAUACAGGUUGCAAUUUAAUUUUUGUUGGGUAUGGUGUAAUAAAGGAAGUUUAAAAAUGU